AUGGCACACGUCGCUAUUCCUAAUAUGCAGCAUGUGACACCGGUAUAUGUAGCGGAAGCACAACCUUUUACUACCCCUAUGCCUCACCAACUUCACUCCGAAGUGUAUCAGUAUCAGGAAGCAGAAAAAGAAGUAAGGGCCAAAACCGAUGAGUAUAUGGCGAAGGAUAUCCGUGAGUUAAAGGAAGCAUUCAAAAGUCUGAAAACCGUUAGGAGUAUGGAAGGUUUAGAGUAUGAGGAUGUAUGUGUUCAUCCCGAUGUCGAUUUACCCGCAGGAUAUAAAGUACCAAAAUUUGACAUGUUUGAUAGAAAAGGAAACCCACGAGCUCAUUUGAUGUUGUAUUGUGAUAAGUUAGUUGGAGUGGGAAAUGAUGAAGCUAUCAGGAUGAAACUUUUUAUAAGGAGUCUUACAGGGGAAGCCCUUGAUUGGUACACAAGUCAAGACCCACAGAAAUGGCGCAACAGGAGUGUCAUGGAGCAAGAUUUCAUGGACAGAUUCAGAUUUAACACCAAGACCAACCCAGAUAGAUUCUAUUUGAUGACGUUGGAGAAGAAAACAACAGAAUACUUUAGAGAGUAUGCCAAAAGAUGGAGGGCAGAAGUAGCAAGAGUCCAACCCCCGAUGGGAGAGGAUGAGAUGACAACUACUUUUAUUCGAUCUCAAACGGAUACGACAUAUUAUGAGAGAUUGAUAAGCAUGUUGGGGAAGAAAUUCUCGGAAGUUGUUAGGAUGGGAGACAUCAUAGAGGAAGGUCUCAAAUCAGGAAAGAUUACAAACUUGGCAGCACUACAAGCAACGAGUAAGGCAACCCAGUCAGGAACUAUUGGAGGAGCAAAUAAGAUUGAAGAGUUGAUCAAAGCAGGAACCAUUCAGCAUAAGGGAGCUCCCCCGAAUGUGAACAACAACCCUCUUCCAAAUCACGAUGAUACCAGUAUUAACAUGAUAUCUACUGAUGAAGAUUGGAAUUUGGAAGGAACAAUUGUACCAAUUGAAGAUGAGAACAAGGCUAUGUCAUCUGCCUUCAUUGCUCCUGUCAUCACAAUGCAAGUGCGAGCACCAAUUAAGGUGGAAGUACUCCCUCCGAAACCCAGGAUCAUGGCUCUAGUUGCUCAGACACCCUCAUUUGAAACCAAAGCAGUUCCUUGGGACUAUAGUCUGAUGUAA